AUGACGAUUGAAGAAGUCCAGAAAACGACGAAUGAGCAGCUCGCUGCUCUCGUGGCUGCCCUCACUGCUCCCGCUGGACCGACGAACCGUUCCCAACCCGUCUGCCGGCAUCUCUUCCCCCCAACGCCGGCAGAAGACCGCGCUGUGGACGAAUCUGACCCUAACGGUCCUCCCGCCGUAUACCCUACUCCGACGACAGCAGAUCCGACGACGAUUCGCGAGAUCGCCGAGCUCAAACUCAGCCUCCAACAAAUGAGCUCGCAGAUCCACCAAGCGACGAGCGCAGCCCCUCAGAUCGACAGCGUCAUCGCCUCUACUUCGCGCUCGCCCUUCGCUAGCGAGCUAACCAGGGUCCAACUCCGCAAGAUAGAAAAGCUCCGUCUCCCCGAGUACAAACCCGGCGGCGACCCCGUCGAACAUCUGACAGCCUUCAACAUAGCUAUGGCCAGAGCUCGCCUUUCCGACGAAGAGAAGGACGCAGGAUAUUGUCAGCUCUUCGUCGAAACACUCAACGAACAAGCGCUAACCUGGUUCUCACAGCUCGGCGAGAACUCGAUUCGCAGUUUCCGAGACCUAUCAGCCUUUCGUAAGGACCUGUAUUCCAACCCCACGACUUCACUUCCCGAUGCUAUUGCCCGGUCUCACAAUUUCAUCCGAAUGGAAGAAGACACCAAGGCAAUAAUUCGGAAGCAGAACGCUGCCAAGCCGGUCGCAGCCAAAAGUGCGGGUGCUCGGCCAGAGCCACGUCAGCACGCGCCAGCUGAUAACGGCGGCAAAAAAGGAGGUCUCCUCUACGUCGUGGACGAGAACAACGCCCCUGUCUCAACCAUGGUCCUGCACGAUAAAAAGUGGAAUGUUUACCAGCGAGAGACCGACUCUCCAGAUGCAUCUCCCAGUACCCCGAGUGCUGGUGUCGUGGCUAAAGUCGAUUCGGCUCCAGGACCGACCAGAACUCCCAUCGAUCUCACGAAACAUUGCAAGUAUCACGACGUGAAGGGACACGACACGACCGAGUGCAAAUCCCUCUACGCCCAGUUCCUCUCCUCGAUCGAAAGCGGGGAUUACAAGAUCCAGCCGCCUAAACCAAAGCCAAAAGGAGAAAACAGCUGGAGCAGGAACAAAGACAAGAAGGCUCAGCGUAAAUCGCAGGGCAAGAACCGUAAAAACGACAAACAGUCGAAGGAUACGGAGAAAGCUGCUCGAGAGACCAUGACGACGACGACUCGGCAGAUGACGAUCAGCCGACCAAUCGCCAGCGCAUCGAAGUGA